ACUCACACCACUGCAACACGACUUCCGCAGCAUCAACUCCUGUCGCUCUUGCGUCGAGGGCGCUUCACUAUCUAAUGAGCGACCACCCCACCGGCCUCUACAGUCGCAGAUUUGAUUGGUGACGACGGAACCGACGCGCUGCGGAUUCAAGGAAAGACUUAGGAGUGCUGGAGGGAGGGUGGGAUGCAUGGCGAACAACAGUCGCGCCGCGAUCACAGCUUCUCCCGGCCAACAACCACAACAGCAGCAUGGAACCAAACGGCCGGCUGAUACCACCUUGCAAAAUGAGCAGCGGCUGAGCAAGAGGUUCGAUCUGCUCAAUAUAGACAGCAAUGGCCAGCGCCUCUAUAUUCCCGUCUCGUCCUCCUCAGAUGCUCUGCGGCAGCCCCCAAAGCCAGUGCUCCUCCCAACAGAUAGGAAAGAGAAGCGGAAGCUCCGAAUUCCUCCAGAUGGAGACUCCCUGAUGGAAGUGGAAGACAGCCCUCACAAAGUCUACAUACACGACCUGGCCGCCGAGCUCUCUGACGUAGAGUCUGAUGACGAGCACCCGGUGUUCCUCUCCGACAUCGAGAAACACUUAUCAAAAAUCCCGGCCUUCAUUCUUGCAAGCCCCGAACCUAAGUCCACGCGCGACAAUCAAAUCGUCCUAUACAAUGUCCCAAGUUCGCUCAGCGUGCCGGAGGAGAAGGAUAGCGUGCGGAAGGCGAUUGUGGAGGCGCGAGCGAGGAUGAGAGAGAAGCAGGGCUCGACAGUUCAAGAGCCUGCGUUACAUGAGGUCAAUAGUAAGAUGAAUGGGAAGGAAGAGAAAAUGUCCGCGACUGAGGAAGAUGAUCCAGAUGCUAUGGAGAUAGACUAGUUAUGAUCAGCAGUAUACACAAUUGGAUUCCCUUGAAUGGUGUUUCGUAGUCCAUAGUGACAGGUCGCUGUUUUGAGGUAUCUAGGUAAUUACUGGCUUUGGAGAGGCCAAACUCUGAGUCCCAAACGUGGCCCAGCCAUGCUGAAACACCGCCGUUCCUGCAAACCAAUAUGUUCCGCUUCUAAAGAUGUGGCAGACCAGAAUACAAGUUCCCAACCAAAACUCCACCAACCGAUUCCGAGUGUUUCCUCUACAUCCCCUGUUACCCAGCUCAUCGUCUCAGCUUCCCAAGAAGAUUACCAACUGCCAGCUUGGCCCUCUGCGGCCUCGGCGGGAGCUCCGCGGACUGAUUCUCGAGAUCGCUCUGCUGUCCACCACCCACUACGCCUGUCUCCUGGCCCACU